AUGAAGGAGUGGUGGCUGCAGGUGGGGCUGCUGGGCGUGCCCCUCCUCGCCGUCUACCUGCACAUCCCGCCCCCGCAGCCUUCCCCGGCACUCCGCUCCUGGAAAUCUUCCGGAAGCUUCUUCACCUACAAGGACCUGAACGUCUUCUACAGAGAUUCCAGCGGCGCCGUUGGCAGCUCUGACGUCGUGGUGCUCCUGCACGGCUUCCCGACGUCCAGCUACGACUGGAGCAAGAUCUGGGAAGGGCUGACCCAGCGCUUCCACCGGGUGAUUGCCCUGGAUUUCCUCGGAUUUGGAUUCAGUGACAAGCCCAGACCCCACGGCUACUCCAUCUUCGAGCAGGCCACCAUUGUGGAGGGGCUGCUGCGCCACCUUGGGCUCCGGCACCAGAGGAUCAAUCUCCUGUCCCAUGAUUACGGGGACACGGUGGCCCAGGAGCUGCUCCACAGGUAUGAGCACAAUAAAACCGGGAGCAUCCUGAUCAACAGCCUCUGCUUGUCCAACGGAGGGAUUUUUCCCGAAACGCACUACCCCCGCUUCAUCCAGAAGCUCCUCGUGGAUGGGGGGCUGCUCUCCCCCGUCAUCCUGCGGCUCAUGAACUUCUUCUUCUUCUCUGGAGGGCUCAGGGCAGUUUUCGGGCCCUACACGCAGCCCUCCCAGGCGGAAUUCUGGGAUAUGUGGACGGCGGUGCGGAAUAACGACGGGAAUCUCGUUAUGGACAGUAUUUUGCAGUACAUAAACCAGAGGAAGAAGCACAGAGAGCGCUGGGUUGGGGCUUUGACGUCUACCUCGGUCCCAUUGCAUCUCAUCUACGGCCCCCUGGAUCCUGUGAAUCCACACCCCGAGUUCCUCCAGCUUUACAAGAAGGAGCUUCCCACGUCCACGGUGUCGGUGCUGGAUGAUCACAUCAGCCACUACCCCCAGCUGGAGGAUCCCACGGGAUUUCUCAAUGCCUACCUGAACUUCAUCAACUCCUUCUGAGCUGCUGCAGCUCGGUUUUCGUUCUAAGCAAAAGAAUCAGGCUUUGGGGGCAGGAAAAACAAACAAACAAACACGGAUUUUUUCUCUCCCGCAUCCGACACGGCCUCGUCCUGGGUUGAUAAACUGAGUUAAAUCCUUGGAGAGAUGGAAAAAUGAGGGGAAAAGCAGGAUGCUGGCAGCUCUUCCAGCCCUGCACUCCCCUUUUUAUCCAGCUUGGCUCUAUUUAGAGAGGCAGAGGUUUAAAUUAACAUUAAAUCACAAUUUCUUACUUUGUCGCCCUGACUUGGGAAGAAACAACCAGCAGGGAGAGGCAGAAUUUCCCUGACAGAAUUCCCUCCAUCCCCCUCCUUUCCCGUUUUUCCAGAUGGGAUUUUCCCCCACUUUGAAGCCAGGAAAAGUCUGCCCUGAGGGUUGGUUAUUACCUGACAUAAAGCUCAGAGAAUUGAAUCUGCUUCAAGAGAUGGAGUUUAAUCUCUCGCUGUACAUUGAUUUUUCUGUGUGGAAGAAGAGAAAGUCACAAAAAUAUUGCAGAUUUGGAGGUUUGGGGUGGUUUUUAAUUGUUGGGAAUUUAAUAGCAUCCCUUUAGGAAUAAGGGGUUUUUUUGUUUAAUAAACAGCCAUUAUGGGCUGUUUUUUUUCUGUACUGGAACAGACAGAAUUAGAACAAAAAAAAAUAAAUAAAAUUUCUAUUUUAUUAACAGCAAUUCAUAUGAAUUCCACCACUUGAACCAGUGUUUAUUUUUCUGUUAAUAAAAAGCAAUUUUGACAAAAAAAAAAAAAAAACCUGAUUCCAUUUUUCCCUUCCCUGGUUGAGAUUCCAUGAGUUAGGUGGGAAUGUGUCGGUGACGACGAGGGAGGGGACACGGGAACGGCUCAGCACUGACGCCAUACAAAAGAUUUCCCAAAUUCAGGAAUAAAAACUAAACAUGCA